AGCUAGCUGCCAAGACCAUAGCUCCCAACAUUUUACUCCAAGCUAACAGCUGGCUUCUUCCUCUCUUCCUUGCACACCAGGUCCCCUAGCAUCGCUGAUGUUGGUAAUGACCUUGGCUUGCACCCUUUGAUUCUCACUUCAAAGCAUACUAAGCGUAUGAACUACCACCUCCAACUUCUUAGAGAACUCCUUACACACCAAAUCACUGAAGGUAGCAAGAGCAAUUUCUGAGAGUUCUUCCCAAUUCCUUGUCUUGAGAAAAAGAACUAGAGUAGUGCAGAGACAUGGCUGCCCCUGCUGCUCCCUCACCUCAGAAGAAGAUCAUAGAAGUGCUCCAGAAGGAGCAGGACAUCCUCUGGAGGAUCCUGUGGGAGAACAUCGAUAAGGUGAAAGAGCUUACUGAUUCCACCAGCGCUGACCUGCGAGGCCCUGAGAUUGAGAGCAUGCCAAAGACAGCCAAGAUAUGGUUGCAGCAGGCAAGGCAGAUCAACCACGACAUUGAAGACAUCCUUGAGAAGUCCCCCUCGAAGACCUGCAACUCGAAAGGAUCCAACAUCCUAUCAUGCAUCGCUCAGCCAAUCAACUUUGUUGCCCGGCAGAGAAUCUACAAGCAAGUCCAAUCUCUCAGUGCUCGCAUAGACACCAUCAAGUUGAGGUUGUCACUGCUGACAAAUUUUGAUGACAAGGAGGCACCAGCGAAUCCAACACGGUACCAGUUGGAUGACCGGCAGCUUGACAUGCUCUCUCUAGAUGAGGCUAAGGUGAUAGGCAUUGAUUUUCCAAAGGCAAAGGUAACUCAGCUGUUGCUGGACGAAGAAAAGCAGCUGAGGGUGAUCUCCAUAAUUGGAGGUGCUGGUGUUGGCAAGACAACUCUUGCAAGGAGUGUUUACAACGACAAAAAAGUGCAAGGGAGAUUCCGAUGCCAUGCAUGGGUCACAAUUGGUGCCCCAAUCUCGAUGGUGGAUCUACUGAAGAGUAUCAUGGUGCAAAUAUUUGUUGAGAAGUUGGAGGAAAUACCAACAAGCCUUGACUUCAUGGAUGAGAUUCAGAUUGCUGAGGUUAUUGGACGGUAUCUUGCUGACAAAAAAUUUUUGGUUGUCCUAGAUGACAUAUGGAAUUCUGACAUGUGGGACUACCUGAAACUUGCUCUACCCAACAAUGGCCAAGGGAGCCGCAUCAUAGUGUCCACACGAGCCCAAGAGAUUGGGAGAGACUGUCGCUUAGCUUCUGAUAUUCAGAUCUUUGAGCAGAAACCACUCAAUGAAGAUGAUGCCUGGUUGCUUUUCUGCAACAAGGCUUUCCCAGCAAUUCAGGCAAGGUGUCCAACUGAACUGAAGGAUACAGGAAGGAAGAUUGUCAGGGAGUGCCAUGGUGUUCCACUGCUUGUUGUCACCAUUGGUGGACUAAUGUCAAUGAAGGAACGAACAGUCCAGGUAUGGAAGAAUGUUCUUGACAACCUGCACAAGAAAUACCUCCCUGAGUUCACUCUCCCUAGUAUCCUGUGGUUUGCUUACAGUGACUUACCACAUCACCUCAAAUGUUGCUUUUUGUACUUCAUCAUGAUCCCAAGGAAAUACUCGAUAAAACGCAUGACGCUCAUCCGGCUAUGGAUGGCUGAAGGGUUCAUCAAGAAUGAUCAGGAAGGAACACUUGAGGACACUGCGGGCCGUUACCUGACAGAGCUCAUAGACAGGAGCAUGGUUCAAGUGACGGAUUUUUAUGAUUAUGGGAGGGUGAAGAGCUGCAGUGUCCAUGACAUGCUGCGAGAGAUCAUCAUCUUAAAGUCUUCCGAGGACAAUUUUGGCAUUCCUGUGACCCGGGGUGUUAAUAAGGUCAGAGGAAAUGUGCGACGUCUGUCCAUCAUCAAUACGAAUGAUGAUUUCCUAGAAGAUAACAGCUGCACCAACCUCCGCACUUUGUUUGUCUUCGGUGCUAGCUCAAUAAGCACCAGAUCACUGCAUGCUUUUCUAGUUGGAUUUCGGUUGUUGAGGAUCCUGGAUUUGGAGGGUGCACCAGUCGAGAGCUUACCAGAUGAACUGCCUGAUCUUUUCUACCUACGGUAUAUGAGUCUGAGGAAUACAAGGAUUGACAAGCUUCCAAAGUCCUUGAAGAAGAUGAUGAACCUACAGACAUUGGACCUGAAAGGUACAUAUGUCUCUCAGCUACCUUCAGGAAUCACCAAGCUUGAAAGCCUUCGGCACCUACUUGCUUACCGCUAUUACUCUGGCCGGCAUCCACCAUAUUACUAUACUCUUGGAGUCAUACUUCCCCAGGGAAUAGGGAAUUUAAAAGAGCUGCAAAAACUGACUUAUGUUGAAGCCAACCAAGGAAAUGGAACCAUUAAGGAGCUAGGUAGCUUGACACAGCUGAGAAGGUUGGGUAUUGUCAAGCUGCGAGAAAAUGAUUGCAUGCAUCUCUGCUCAUCAGUUGCCAAGAUGACAGAACUUCUUUCCCUUUCAGCAUCAUCGCUUGAUGAUGAAAUUCUUGAUCUUCGAUCCCUGAAUCCUGCUCCUCGGUGUCUCAAGCGCCUCUAUUUGAGGGGGCCUUUGCCAGGAAUACCUUCUUGGCUACACUCCCUGAAGAAUCUUGUAAGGAUACGGCUUAGGUGGUCGCGUCUGAAUGAGGAGUCACUUAAAGAGCUCCAAGGUCUCCCUCUUGUUGAACUUGCACUCAUUCAAGCUUAUGAUGGGGCAAAGCUAGAAUUCACCCAAGGAUUUGCCAAGCUUGAGAUACUAGAGUUGGACCAUUUGACUAACCUUGAGCAUAUCAACAUUGAGAAAUCAAUGCCUGGCCUUCAGAAGAUAUCCAUCAGGUCAUGCGACAAAUUGCUUACCAUACCUGAUGGUAUAGAAGGGUUAGAGAAUCUGAAAGAGCUUUACUUAUUUGCCAUGCCCAGGACCUUUGUGGACAGCUUGAUGAAGGGAGGUGUUAAUCAUUGGAGAGUUGAACACAUUCCAGUUAUUCGCCACUUUAAUGAACAUCGCGACAUUUCUUUGACAAAUCUUUGAAGGUUGAAGUUACAAUAUUAUGGCUUGGUGCAUACUUUUGAUCCACACACAUAUUUUGUCAUGUCUAAUCUGUGUACAUGCAUCUCAGAGAUGUGUGGAUAUUUUAAGAAGAACAGAGCCAUCAUCUUCCAGAGGGACAGAAAAGCUUUACGGUGAUUGUUUUUUGGAAGAAAUAUGCAGAGAUACUGUUGCUCAUCUAGCAUGUGGCUUGCUAUAGAACAUGCUGGUUUUUGUAUUGAUUGGGAAGAUUAUUCCAAAAUUGCCAAGAUAAAACAUUCUUCUCAAUUAAGUACAGCACACCCAAAUUAAAAAGGCUGUGGUAACAUGCCAAAAAAAAGUGGCAGCUAAUUAUCAGCAAAGUAGCCAAGCGCUUGUUCUAUUUUGCAUACUGUCUGAAGUUAGAAGUUAGUGCACUGUCUGACAAAUGUGAGUCAGUCAAUUGACUCAAUUCAUAACUAGCUACUCCAUCCAUUUUGUA